CCUCUCUCUCCACUGCCGACGACCCCAAUCCAAUUGCGACAGAGCAUCCAACAGAAUGCGGCCUUCAGUGAUAGCAUCCUGGCUUCACGAUAUAGAAGUAGCCCAGACUUUACCUUCUUUAACCCUCUCGUCGUCCCCAGCGACGUCCUCCAGGAACGCGGCGAGUGCAGUACCCCGAAGUGCCAAGCGAAGACGAAUCGGCGAGCCCGCGAAAUCGACGUUCGACAUAUUCACAUCAACCUCCGAAGCCGUAUCGAUAGACCAAUCUCCCCCUCCUUCUCCCCGAGUCGGCGCUCUCCUCCCGAUCGACCCCAACACACGAUCCGGUCAUCGACCUAUGGCGACCAGGCCGGGUGAUUGGAAGCCUACCCAGGGAGACGACAGCGCACCGCCAACGAAACGGGCUACGCGCACCCCUUCGCCGGGCAAACGGGCUUCGCAGCGCAUAGCCAGCGUCCGCAACAGGGCACUAUAUGAGACAGAAUGUCUGACCGAAGAAGUCGUCAACGAGAUGGCCAGCGACGAUCCAACCGGUCUAGACGACACGCCUCGAGCGAGCCGACGUGUGCCCCUCCGACCAGUCAAUCUACCCGCCCCGACAUAUCCCCAGCUGCUAGCAUCGGAGCCCCCGCCGGCCAGAUCAAACUCGCCCUCCAAGGGCAGCCGAUCCGAGUCCUCGACCAGCGGCGCCCCGUCAUCCUCGCGGAGGUCCACGAGCCCCAUUAAGCGUGUGGCGGGCCUCAGCAGCGUCGGCGCGGGCAUAUUCUACAAGGACAUGAAGCGGCGUGGGGCGGAGCUGGGUCCAGACGGGAGGGAGCUCUGCAGGGCGCUGCUGGAUGUCGCCGACAAGAUGGAGAUCUUCCCAGCCGCCCUCCCCGAGGACUGGUUGGCUCCUGGGGGCGACGAUGAGGGGCUGGUCUGCAUCAGGCCGCAUCAGAGGAACUCCAACGACCGGCGGACGGAAGUUGAGCUUUUGUCGGAGCUCGGCGCCGUCAAGGAGAUCAAUCGGGCAUCCCAGCGCUGUUCCGAGGAUCUGGACAGCGAGCCGGAGUGGAACAUGGCUGUGCAUGGGCCCAUGCUGCGACUGGCGGCUGGAAGGGGAGGACAGUCGGUUGACUUCAAAUACAUCACAAACGCUCGGAUAGAUCCAUGCCAUGUCCCGCCCCAGCUAUCCGGUCUAGCCACAGCGACAAAGAUGGUCGACUUUGCAAUCUUCCUCGAUCCGAGCAUCGAUCGCAGCGAUGGUGCCCCCGACAAGAAAACGUCACCCUCCCUCGGCGACGUUAUCUCCAGCAUCACCUCCACGCCAACCGAGUCUAUCAACCACACUACAUACUACAGCCUCCGCCGGCGCCCCGUGGCCGUCAGCGUCGAGACCAAGACAAUGAGCCGGACCGAGGAGGAGGCGCUGGUACAGCUCGGCGUCUGGGCCAUGGCGCAGAUGCAAUCGAUGCUCGCCCUCGCCCGCCGAUUCGGAGUGCGACCCCAGGGAUUGCUGGAAGAAGACAUGAGUAUUCGGGAUCUGCCAGCAGGGCUGCUCGACCGCAUGGUCCUGCCGCUAGUAUACGUGCACUCGUCGCGGUGGACCGUCUUCUUCGCCCGCCCCCAGGCCGUCGCCGGCCGCGACGACGUGCGGGUCGACAUAUUCCGCGGCGUCGAUGUCGGGGACACUUCGACGCCAGAGGGCACCUACCAGCUGCUGAGGGGCCUGCGGGAGCUGUGCAAGUGGGUGGACACGAGGUUUUAUCGCUUGUGGGAGAAUAUCCUUGGAGUUGGGAGCCGGGAUUUGGAACUCAGUUGCAAUUGAACGAUACUAUUGGCUAAACGCUAUUGCAUAUCCACACUAGCUAUGGAGCUAGGCCGUAUCAGGCAUAACCAGCUCGUUCCACACUUCUGCACUGCUGCGGUAUGGUAGGUUCAUGCCCUGCUGCCCAUCACACAGCGCCCGUUCAUUGACAGGAAGGUUUACUGAGCCGGUUGAAUAUCCAAUGGGGAUGUAGCACAGUUGGUAGUGCGCAUGCUUAGCAACGUUAAGCAUCUCUGCAUGAGGUCCUGGGUUCGAUUCCCAGCAUCUCCAUUUUUUUGUACUUUUUGGCCUCUUAUCUCUGUUCUGCCCUAGAGAACUGUUUCAGUUGGCACGACCCUGCCAGUCAGAUAGGCUCCAGAAUGAUGAUCC